CAAAGGAAUAUGUGAUUCUAAACAUUCCUUGCCUUUUGAUUUUUCUUGAUUAAAAGAAAAAGAAAAAAGAAAACCCUGAAAAUCAAUAACCCCUCCUCUACUUCAUCAUCAUCUUCAUCUUCUUCUUCUUCAUCUGAGGAUGGACUCAUUCUCAUUCACCAAGGCCACAAUCCCGGCACCAGCCGCCGGCAUCGGCCAUGGUUGAGAUUCCACAGCCGCCGCCGCGGCCGAUAACUCCGCCUCAUCCACACCACCACGGCAAGCCCGCCGAUUUCCUCUUCGCAGCUCUCUCAAUCUUCUUCCUCUUCUCUUCCUCCUCCUCGCCUCCCUCCUCCUCCAAAACCCUAAAGAUCCCAUUUUUCUCUUGCCCGUUGAAGCCCCGAAGGUUUCUCAAGAUCUUCACCAUGUCCAACCCCAGCCCCAAGCCCCGCCGCCAUACCCACCGCCACUUCGCCAACCCGCAGUCCCUCUCCGAUUGGCUCAAGCCCCGGCUGCCGUCCGACUCCUUCGCCUCGUGGGGCGUCAAGCCCGGGACCAAGAACGUCCACAAUCUCUGGCUCGAGCUCUCAGAGGGAGAGACCUCCCUCGCCGACUCCACCCCUCCGGUCCGCACGGUCAACGUCGUGACGGUCCGAAUCAUUGGGAAGGAUGGCAGCACCCUGGUCGAAUCACGCCAAGAGCUAUCAGACGGCUCGGUGAGGGACCGGUGUCGCCCACUCUCCGAGAAGAUGAAGCCUGAUGAGACCCCCGAAGAAGCAGUCUUUCGGGCCGUGAAGGAAGAGUUGGGCUCCAUCAUUCCCAGUCCGGCAGAAGAAAUCGUGCGGAUCGUGCCGGGCUCGUAUAAGAAGAAUGUGGAAGAGAGGAAUUCCGCCUCCUACCCGGGCUUGCCAGCCCGAUACAUUUUGCAUUCCGUGGAUGCCAUUGUGGAGGGAUUGCCCGAGGAUCAGUUCUGUACAGAGGAGGCCGAGGAGUACGAGCAUUGUGACGAAAUCGGGAUGGGGAUAGCCGAUCAGGCGGUUUCGGUGAAGAGGCAUCAUUGGAAGUGGGUUAAUGCUGAAUCCUGAGUCGAAAUUUUUGAGCUUGGUUUGAAUCUUCCCCUCGUUAAGGGAAUUUUGUCCUCUGUUGAUGCAGUAACUUGUAACCUGUUGAUGACCGCUUUGUGAUUAGUAGUGUUAUAUCAUAAGAAUGAGUAUUGUUCCUUGGGCAGUUCUUCUCAGCAAAUUUGAGACAGUUCGAUGGCUCUUUUCGUAUGCCUUGAAUCUUUCGAGUUAUGUUCUUUCCAUCGGAGCUCAUUGUUUUAGUAUUACCAACCCAAACUGAUACAGUAGGCUUUAAUAACAUAUACUUGCUAGUUUUACUUGGAGA